AUGGUUUUCCGGAUUACAAUACAUUGUGUACCGAGAGCGUGUAUUGUUGUUGUACCUAUUGACGGUGUUUUGCAACGGCGAAGGAGAACGCUGCAGAUUAUUAGGGCCGAGUGCGUCGCUUGUCGCCAUGUCACAGCCGAGCUGGAUCGGCAAGUGAUCGAGGGCCGAAGUCGUUUCGAAGCGGCCCAGGCGGCGUACAGGGCCAGGGCCAGUCGACUGGCCGAGCGGGAAGCCGAAGACCACCGUCGACUUGCGCUGGCCCUGCGAGAUCGUUCCGAAUCCGAAGAGCAAGUACAACGGGUUAGAGACGUCGUGGACGGAGAACUACGGGCACGGCGGACUGCCGGAACGGUUUUAGCUCACAGAUUGGACGCUCGAUGGCGCAAACUGCGAGGCCGUUAUCGAGGGUUCGUAGAGGCAGUCUUAUCGCCGAGCAGCGACGAUCAAUGCCAACUGCAGUCGUCGCUUGAUUUUUCCGUCGAUAAACAACAACAGUCGGUCGUUCAAAAGAAACAGCCCCGGGGCGGUGAUGGCAGCAGUCGGUUUUUUGCGGUGGCCGACCUGUAUAGGCGAGAAUCGCUCAGGGCGUCCAGGUCGCUGCGUUCGCUGGUGGCCGGCCGGCGACCCACGGAAGACGAUCAGGACCCAUUGUUGGUGUCUAUGCAACGGGACGGCGGUGAAUCGACGGCGAUGGACCGAGUGUUAAACGAGUUACACGGCGUUCAGCUGCGAUGCGCUCGAAUAGCGGAACGGGUUCGGUGGCGAAAGGACACAGACGGCGCCUUUGAACGGACUACAGACACGCGAAAUACAAUGGAAAAAAAACAACUUUCGGCGCCCGAAUCUGCAGAGGUAACUUUAGCUACUGUUCGGAACGCGGUGGAAGCAGGUCGCAGUUAUAUUGAUCGUUUGCGACGCACCGCCGCUGUGAGCCGUUGGCUGUUGGAAGGUGAAAACACUGAAGAAGAAGUGCUGCGACGCGCGCUGUUCGUCACGUGCAGGCGGUGCGAUUGCGCUCCGCCCGCUUCUUCGUCCACUUCCGCACUAAAAGAGAUGACCGGUCGGUUGGAGCUCGCGUGUUUCACCUUGUUCGCCCGGCUCGACUUUGUUGGAACCGACGACAACGGUGCGGUGGUCGAGUCGUGCUUGCGUACGGUCAGGAUGCGGCGGCAGGACGAGGAACACCGUAAAGAGGACACCGCACACCGGCUCGACGAUUUCCGGAAAGCGGCCGGUCGUCUGAUGACUGCGUUGGGGCCGUCUGUAAAGCCAAUUGACGUUCGUCCACAUGGACAGAGGCCCAUCGAACAGAAACCGAAGAUCGCGCAAAAAAAGAAAGCGACCACUGUGACCGGGUCGUUUAACGCUCCGACUUGUGGUGUAGACGAGAUGGCGUCGUCCGACACAGCGCCUGUUGUGGCCGUUUGUCCACCGCGGCCUCUGCCCGUGCCAACCCGUCGCCUUCGUACUGUUAGAGGUGAUCGUUAA